AAAAAAAAGAAGCAAAAUAAAGCUCUGUUUGGUUGGCAUCAUCAAAAUCGUUUUUUACAAUCAUUCUUCUCAUUUUCCAUCUUCAACUACAACCCAAAACUGUGCGUUCCGACCACCGUCAUCAAUGAUGACACUCAUACGAUUCAUAAUCUUCUCAUUCCCACUGAUCACUACCAUAAUCAUCAAACUCUGUUUUUCCGCAAUCAACGGUAGACGAAACCGGAAAUCUGCGGUGGGGUUCUUCCAUCCAUACACCAACGACGGUGGUGGUGGAGAAAGGGUUCUAUGGUGCGCAGUUAAAGCUAUUCAAGAAGAGAAUCCUGACCUUGACUGCCUUGUGUAUACUGGAGAUCACGAUGCCACACCUCAAUCGUUGUUGUCUCGUGCCAUUGAUCGAUUUGGUGUUACCCUUCUCUCUCCUCCUAAGGUGGUGCAUUUGUACAAGAGGAAGUGGAUUGAAGAAACGACUUAUCCACACUUUACUAUGAUUGGUCAAAGUCUAGGCUCUAUGUAUCUUGCAUGGGAAGCUUUGUGCAAGUUCACCCCUUUAUAUUAUUUUGAUACAAGUGGAUAUGCUUUUACGUAUCCACUUGCUAGGUUGUUUGGAUGCAAAGUUAUUUGCUAUACACAUUACCCUACUAUCAGUACAGACAUGCUUUCUCGUGUUCGUCAACGCAGCUUCAUGUAUAAUAAUGAUGCGUUGGUUGCCAAAAGUGUUUGGCUUUCUCGGGCCAAAAUAGUCUAUUACACAUUCUUUAGCUACUUAUAUGGGAUUGUUGGUUCUUGUGCACACCUAGCUAUGGUCAAUUCAUCUUGGACCAAAGCUCAUAUUGAAAAGCUUUGGGGAGUUCCUGAUCGGAUUAAGCGAGUUUAUCCUCCUUGCGAUACUUCAGGACUUCAGGUGCUUCCUUUGGAAAGAUCAGCUGAAAUUCCUGUAAUAAUAUCCGUUGCACAAUUUCGACCGGAGAAGGCUCACAGUCUCCAACUUGAGGCCUUUUCAGUUGCCAUUAAGAGAUUAGAUUCUGGCUCUCCGAAACCUAAGCUCCAGUUUGUUGGUAGCUGUAGAAAUAAAUCAGAUGAGGAGAGACUUCAAAUGUUGAAAGAGAAAGCAGUUGAGCUGAAUGUAAAUGAACAAGUGGAAUUCCACAAGAAUGUAACAUACAGAGAUUUAGUGGCACUUUUAGCGGGAGCUGUUGCCGGCAUCCAUUCCAUGACAGAUGAACAUUUUGGCAUUAGUGUUGUAGAAUAUAUGGCUGCUGGUGCCAUCCCAAUUGCUCAUAAAUCAGCCGGCCCAAAAAUGGACAUCGUAUUGGAUGAAGAUGGACAGCAAACAGGAUUUCUUGCUUGCACUGUCGAAGAAUAUGCAGACGCCAUUUCUAGAGUCAUAAAGAUGACAGAGAUGGAGAGACUUCAGAUGGCUGGUGCUGCACGGAAACGAGCAAGCAGGUUUUCUGAACAGAGGUUUUGUGAUGACUUCAAAGCUGCAAUACGCCCUAUUCUCAGUCGAGUUUCUAGAUGAUGAUAAUCCAGCUAAUCGGCAUCAUUGUAGCUUAAAAUGGAGAGUUUCUUCUCUGCCAGCCUAACCAUCUGAGAAUAUAAACCAAGAAUUUUGAUACAGAAAUAGUUACAUUUUUGUUUUGACUCUUAUUUCUUAGUUGAUGUUUAUUUUUAAGCCCUUAUACCAAAUGGUAAAUGAUUCCACAUGUACAGAGAACUGUUAGAAGUUGGAUUGUAAUAUAAGAAGAAAAAACUUAAUCAUCUAAGCUGAGUUAUGUUACAUGGAAACAUUUUAUAUGUACCACUGGUAAAAUGGUUGCUUGCUCUA